CUCUGAACGGAAAGAUGAAAGCUUUAAAAAGUCUGAAAAAGUAACUAAGCAUCAUGAUCUGUUAACAUCAGAAGAAUUGAAAGUGAUGUUUAAUCAUGAAGCACUGUCUAUUAAUACGGCUAAAGACCUUCAAUACCGGGGACUUCGAUUCAAUAAAUUUUCACAAAAAAAUGACCCCGGGGGUAUUGAUGGAAACUUAGAUUCGCUUGUGAUACCCGUACCUGCAGACCCUGAAGGUUAUUUGGGACCAAUUCAUGAUAUUAAACUUUAUUUAAGCAAAAGACCUGAAAAUUGUAAAUGCGAAUUUUUUCAUAUUCAAAUUAAUAAAAACAUUCGAG